AUGACGGUUCCCGUUAGAGGAGAUGAGGAAAAGACAGCUACUACCUCUAGUUCUGAAGGAGAACCACCAAAAGAACACCUACGGGAGGAGCCAAAAUCGGAAAUCCCCAUUUGUCCCCACUGCGCUAGGCUAGAGAUUGACAACGGCGCAUUCGAUGACCAAGGUAUAAAACUAACUAGGUUGCAAGACUCGGAUGCCUUUCAACUUCAACAACUCGAGCUCAAGAGGCACCUCACCAGACGAGAAACGCUAGCUGCCAACCCGAACCGGACCUGGUCCCAGAAGCUCUUUGAACACGACCUUCCGCCGCUUGCUCCCGUAUCGAGCUACGAAGAAGACGUUUUGGAGAAGAAAUACGGCCACACUGACUCAACUGGUGUCAAAUACAUCAAGGGGUACGACCAACGAAAAUGGAUCAUGAGGCCGCGGGCUCUCAACUUUCACAAGGAUGGAGUCUUGCACCGCACCAAAGGCCGUCGAGGCUCGUCGCGCCCCGAGCUCUUUUUGGACUUGCUAUACGUGGGAAUGAUUGCCAACUUGGCCAAUAACGCCGCUGGCGAGCCUGCCGGGGUUGCGUUGCUUGAAUAUUUCAUCUUUUUCAUGCCGGUGUGGACAGUGUGGAACGACAUUAAGGACUUUUCCAAUUUCUACUACAACGAGGAUCUAACGCAAGUCACGACGCUAUUUUGGAUCAUCUGUCUAUUGGUUUUUUACAUCAAUAGCCACGUGGGGUUCAACAAGAGCUACUCGCAGUCGGCAGCGGUGGUUGUUCCCUAUAUGCUAUGCCGAUUGACGCUCGCGACGUCGCUCAUCAUAUACUCCUUCUACAUCCCCGAGCACCGCACCCAGCAACGGCUCUACGCGGGCACGAUCGUCGUCACCUCGCUAAGCUGGAUCGCGGUCAUCUUUGUCUCCAUCAGAGUGAAAAUCGCCCUUGCGCUCGCUUUUUUCUUUUUGGAACAACUCAGCUCGGUGAUCUGCUUCCACCCACUCACCAAGAGACUCUUGCGGUUGAGCACCUCGAUCGCGAUGAACUUGGAACAUGAAAUGGACCGGUACUCGACAUUCGUCACCAUUGCCAUCGGAGAGUUCCUAUACGUGGCAGUGGCCAAGGCGCCCCUCGGCGAAGGCUUCUCCUCGAAAUACCUUCGCGGGGUGUUUCUUCUUCUCGACGCCUAUCUUUUGUUCUGGCUCUAUUUUUUCGGCGGACUUACAUUCAAAGCAAUCCAUCCAUUGCGGAACAAUGUCUGGACAUCAACGGUGUGGUCGUACUCGCACCUCCCCUUGAUCUCAGCGCUUGUUCUCGCAGCGAACGCCGGUGGCGAGAUGUGCAAGAUUGCAGUGGGGCGAACUCAAAAUUACGACGACAUGCUCGGGUUGGCUUUUUUUUACAAUGGCGGAAUCUGCGUGGCGUUGUGGAGCUUGCUUGUUCAGGGCUUAGUGGAGAAAAACUUGGAUGGAAAAGGUGCACAUUGCAUUGGACCCAAGUGGAAGAUAAGCCUACGGUUGUUCGUGGGACUCGCUGUUGUGUUGGUCAGUUUUGCCGAGAUCAACGCCACGUUGUUGAUGGGCGUCACUACUGCGCUCCUUUUCGGGCUAUUUGUGUUUGAGUGUUUUGUCGAUGACCUAGCUCGAGCAAUCGUCGGUAUGGUCAAGCACCGAAACUCGGAGGAGAAGAAGAAUGGGUCGAGGUGA